ACCUGCGAAGGCAGAUUCAGUCCUUUUUUAAAAGGGUGUUGGUGGUGUUUUUGUUAGGGGCGUUCAUCUAUAAUUAAAUAUCAUCACACUUACGCACUUUAAUUUCAAGGAUAAUUUUCAAACUAUGUUAAAUAGGGGAGGGCGGUGGGAUGUGGUGGAGGGUGAUCGCACCCUAGCCUCUCCUCCGGAUACGCCAGUGAUGGUUGUCCUAAAAUUGUAUCAAGACGAUUAACAAGGCUAUGCUGACUGAUGUUUUUGGUUGCGUGUAGAUUGUUUGAUAGCAAGUGACAGAAUAAUACGUUUCUACCUCAUGUAAAUAUAUCAGCAAUACAUUCGCAAUUUCUAAUAUAAACAAGCCACAGAACAUUUUGUUCUCUCUGUACGCCAGUUAAUUCUUCUUUUGAAUGUGCUUUGUGUGAACUAGAGCUCAAAGAAAAUGUCGAUCAGUGACAGUGCUGUGUUAGAUCUCUGUGAGGAAGUGUGGCAGUGGCAGCUUCGAGAAAGUCCUGAACUUGGAACGUUUUGUGGAAUUCACCAGAACGAUGACGACUGGGACGACAUAAGUGUGGAGGCGUUCCGGAGAAGGGAGAAAGACUUGCAAGAUUUUUUGAAGAAAGGAGAGCGUAUUGACACUAGCUCUUGCAUACCUGAAGUUCUUCUUAGCUACACACUUCUGCUGGAUAAUAUAAAACUAUAUCUUCAAGGUUUAAAGUUUAAAAGUUAUUUACUGCCCAUCAACUAUAUGGAAGGAAUACAAACUGAAUGUGACCUAAUGAUCUCUUUCAUGAAAUUCAACACUAAAGAAGACUUCAACAAAUAUAUAAAGAGACUUGAAAGACUACCACACAAAGUUGAACAGGUAUUGGAAGCUUUGAGGCAAGGUAUACAAGAGGAUGUGGUCUAUCACUCGGCUUCAGUGAUUGAUGUACCCAGACAGAUCAACCUAAUAGUGACCACUCCGUUUGAGAAACAUGGAUUUUUGAUGCCAUUUAGAGGCAAACUUCCUGAGAUUGAAAAAGCUGAACUAGAUCAGCUCCGACUGAAAGCAGAAGAAGUUCUAAGGCUGAAAAUUAUCCCUUCCUGUCUGAAGUUAAAAGACUUCAUAGAAAAUAUCUACUUCAAGCACCUCCGUCCAAAAGAAGGGAUCAAUUCACUUAAAGAUGGUGACCUCUGGUAUCAGCAGUGUUUGAACUUUUACUUAAGCUGCUCAAUGACCCCACAAGAAGUUCAUGAACUGGGACUUAAGGAAGUUGAUCGAAUCGAAAAGAGAAUUCUAGAACUGGCUGCAAUAGAAGGACUAGGUCGAACGUUCCAAGAAAUCUCUGCAGCUAUCACCAGAAGACAGAGAAACUCUUUUUCAACUCCAGACGAGGUUGUAGACUAUAUCCGAAAUCUUUGUUAUAACAUCAUCAGACCAAAAAUUACACAGAAUUUCAAAAAUCUGUCGGACAUUCCAAUGAUCAUCAAACCAGUGCCAGAAUCAAGGAAGAGUUCUCCUAUUGCUUACUAUUAUAACGGGACUCCUGAUGGCUCAAGAGAAGGAUGUUUUUAUAUCAACAAUCAUCAUCUGGAAGAAUGUUACCCCUUUCAGCUCACAGCCGUGGCACUGCAUGAAGGAGAACCAGGUCACCAUUUACAGGGUACCAUGGCAUUGUCAGCCAAGAAGCUUCCAAACUUUCGACGAUAUUCCGAUAACGGCAAAUACAGCAUUAUUCCCGCCAAAUUUAGUUCCAAUACUGCGUAUAUGGAGGGUUGGGGGCUGUAUGCAGAAUACUUGGGAGAGGAGUUGAACUUGUAUCAAAAUAAUUUAGAAUUGAUAGGACGCUACAGCUGUGAGUCUUUAAGAGCAGCUCGCCUGGUCGUGGAUUCCGGACUUCAUGCUUUUGGGUGGAGCAGAGAACAAGCCAUUCAGUUUAUGGUUGACCAUACACUCACUAGCAGAUCUGAAGUGACCAAAGAGGUGGACAGAUAUAUUACUAUUCCCGGGCAGGCAUGUGCAUAUAAAGUUGGAGAAAUCAAGAUCAGAGAACUGAGACAAAAAGCUGAAUUACGCUUAGGGAACAAGUUUGACAUCAAAGAGUUUCAUCAACAGAUACUGUCAUGUGGAAGGAUACCUUUGAGAACCCUGGAGAAAAUUGUUGACGAUUACAUUUGUGAAGUAGAGUCUAAAUGUUAACAAUGGUUACAGUCAACUCUCAUACUCAGUGUAUCUUAUCUUUAAAAAAUUAAUAACGCGUAGAAUAUUACACUCUAUGCACAUCCAUGUUUUAAUCUUAUCCAUGUUAAUUAGAGACUUAAGCUUUGCUAAGUCAUUAGCUUUCUUGGCUGAUUCAGGCAACCCGUUCCAUGCUCUAAUGGCACUAGGGAAAAAUGAGCUUUUGAACAAAUUUGUCCCUGUAUAUGGAUUAAGAAAUGUGCCUUUAGCAUAUAAGUAUAAAAUAGAUUAUAUUAAUUUUCCCAAUGUCCCAGUAAUUAAAUCAAAUUAAAAGUCACUGUUUCAUUCAACUGUAUUUACCUUUAAGCUAGUAAUUGUGAAAAUUUAUAAAGAGUCCACCCAGCUCUUAAAGGUAUUUGACAUUAGAUAGGGAAAAGUAAAGGCAGUUGGUCGUUGUUUUGACCGAAUGACACCCUCGUUAACCGUGGGCCAUAGAAACAGAUGACCUUUACAUCGCAUGCCUCAUAAAUGGAAAUGUCUGAAAUGGGAACUUUCAGUGACUUCACCCAUAAAUAGCAUUAUGUUGAUUUUUCUAAUGUUAAAUAUAAAAUAUAACCCAAACCUAGUAGCCAUUUUAAUCCCCCCCCCUUCACUCCCCCAAAACUGGACAACAUUUCGGUUCUGUUGUUAUUAACCCUAAUUAUUGUCUUGAUACUGUAAUGGUCAGAAAUGUAUUCUAGAAGUAAAUUGAUAACUUUCAAUUUCUUUGACUCCGUAAUCGGGCAUUAUUUGUAAUGUACUCAUUUUGUAUGAUUUGGAAUAUAAAUUCUCAUUAAAAGGUGAAAGUAUUUUUUUUUAAUGCUUUUACACUUUUUAAAAUAUAUUGUCUACAUGUAAACUAAAUGUCAGAUAUAUCUUACUCUGACAUCAAACUAUGUACCUUGCCUUCCAUUAAAGACAAGCAUAUCAACCAACGCAGUUUUUUGUCUAAUUAUUUCAGGCAACUCGACUGUUUGAGGGGAUUCGUCUUGCUAGACAUUUCCUUUAUUUUCUUUGACUUUUAUGUGUUGAGAUUGGCGAACUAAUAGAACUUCCUCUUUUUUUUUAUAAAUUUCUCUUUUAAUGAUACAGUUGUGAAAUUAUUAUAAAAUAAUAAACAGCGAAAACAGUUUUUUUUUCUUGUAGAUCCCACGAACCCCCAUGUCCAACUUCGAUUUAAUAUAGCUUAAAUAAAAAAAAAUAUAUACAAAUCAGUGUUUAAAAUUAAUCCUGAAAAUUAAAGCAUGUUUUCUAAAUGUCCGUAUUCAUCACCCAAGCAAGUAUUUAAAAAUUGUUUUCCGUAAAAAAAAAAACCAACAAAAUAAUAAAAAAAAAAAACACAAAAAAACGACCAAAUAAAAAAGUUUCAAACAUUGAAUUUUAUUAACCUGUAUUAAAUUCAUGACCCUUUAUGACCAUUAACAUUGCAAUAUCUCCCAAACAAAAGGCACGUGUUAUAUCAAAUAGUAAUUUACACUGUAACAUAAUGCGAGUCAAACAAUAAAAUAUGACAAUGGAAAUGUAUCACACUUUGUACUUUCUCCACUCUAUUGACCAUAAUACGGGAAGGUCUUAAAUACCAAACCAAAUAUACAACCAUUUACCCUCAAUAGACAUGCCUGAACAUACAGAAAUAUUAAAAUGUAUAACUAUAAUAAAGUAUACACGUAUUGUAUAUGUUAUAGACUUUAAAGCUUAAACAAAUCUCCUGAGCCAUAGACAUCAUCAUUUAAUCUUUACUAAUGUUCCAAGAUAGACAAGAUACAUUAUUAUAAAGAUGGUUCUCACAAUUUAAAUUUUACGACCCCAAGAAAGCUAUAGAACAAUUUAUAUGGUCGACUCUUGACCCAAUGACCUUGAGCCAUAAGGUUACAUUUUAUGUAACUUUAUGAGUCUUUUUGAUAAACAUUUCCGAAUAAGCUAAUAAGCUCACCAUUGAAGAUUUUAAUACAUGGUGGCAAGCCAUAAAUUCAAAGCUGUCCAUUGUAUCAGGUGUAUAAAAUAAAGUGUAGCUUAUGUUUUAUUUUAAAGGUAUAGGAUAGCUUUUGUGUUCUUUUAGCACUGCAGACUCAAAUGUUCUGAACUCUUUUGUUUGUAAAACAAUUUUUUUUUCAUUUAUGCCUUCAAAGUUGGCAACACGAAAGCUCCAUUUAGCGUCCUUCACAUUGUUUAGUCUGCAAGUGUCUAAUUCUUCAUAAA